AUGAAAUAUGCCCAAGAAAUGAUAAUUGUUCAUGAAAAGUAUGGAGCUGGGGCUGAGGUGUCAACUAAUGGAGAUGUUUACAGCUACGGCAUCCUCGUGCUGGAGAUGUUCACAGGGAAGAGGCCCACGGAUGACAUGUUCAGUGAUGGGCUGAACCUUCAUUUCUUUACGAAGGCAGCUUUUCCAGAGCGAGUUCUGCAGAUAAUUGACCCUGUCUUGCUCAAGGAGACUCACGACGAGGAUGACGGCCGAGACAUUAGGAGAACCCGAAGGAGCGAUGACAGGCUUCGUAAGAUUCAUGAGUGUCUGGUCUCGACAGUGGAAAUAGGAGUGGUCUGUUCUUCUGAAGUUCCAAGUGACAGGAUGAGCAUGAGAGACGUUGCAGCUGCUCUGCAGGCAAUUAGAAAGAAGCUUAUUGGAAGCUGAGGAAAUUGAGGACAGUAAAAUAUGCAGUUUUAUGUUACAUCUAAAUGAGUGUACUUUCUCACUGUUUGACGAAUGUAUCUGGUAAGUUGUGAUGUUG